AUGCCUGAAGGAAUUUACGUUUCUAUUCUGUUACCAGCCUUUUAGGUUAGACAUGAAAAUCAGAUUGAUAAACUCUUAAAGUAAACUCUGUGUAUAUCAUCUUAAUCUUACGAAUUAUUUGAAAUUCCAUCAAAAAUAGGCAAGGAAUUAAUUGGAUCAUCUUAAGCUUUUAAUUUGCAAGACUUAGAAAAGUUAAUGGAAGAUAAUCGUUCACUUUAAGCAUCAUAUUAAAAAUGUAAAGAAUCUUUAUAGGCACUUAAUUGUGAACUGGAGAAAAUCAUGAAUGACCCUUAAGCCUUAUCAGAGACUGACAAACUUAAACACCAAAAGCUAACCACAAAAUACAAAUAAGUCAAUGAUGAAAAUAAGAGACUCAGAUAGCAUUUAAAAUAACUCAAUGAAGACUUUUGCAAGCAAAGAGUUGAAACUUAAACCACAUUUGAUUCGCUUCGUGAAGAAAUAGAUCUAUUGGUAAAGGAACUGGCUCCAUUUUAAUAACAGAAGAAGCAAAAUGAUAUUUUAAUAUCUAAUUGA